AUGUGCUCAACAGGCGGCCUUCAGCUUCUGAACCCAGCUUCCCUCUCCGAAAACCACUCUCCGCGGAAUCGGGAAAUCACCAACGCAGAUCAAGAUCAAGGUUACGCACUAUGCUACAUCUGCUUGUGCUUCGUCGCGUCAACACAUCUGCGUGCUCCGACACAGAGACUCGAGGCGCCGCCGGACCAGCACAGUGGCAAUGCUGACACCGCAGUCUUGCGCGACAAUGCCACUAUCGAGGCUGGUGUCGAAGACGCCCGCAACGUCUACAGUUUGAGCACUUUCUAUUGGUGCUCGCCAGGCUUGCAGAACAACGCAGCAUCAGCUCCGACACCCCGUUCGUCAGAGACUGUCAUCCACAAGCCGCUGCAGAGUAGCUCAGGAAUACUGUCUAGUACUAUGCAGUCUUCACCGAUGCCGCCAGGACUCCCUCCGGCAGCCUACUUCGACUCAUCGAACACUGACCUCCGGACAGCCGCGAGGCGUAGUGUUGUGCAUGGCCAGGCGACUCCAGUGGCACUGCCGCUGCCGACUCAUCAUCGCCGAUAA